UCUCGUGAUCUCCGCCGUCAUAUCCUUCCUUUUCCCCUUCUCCUUCAUUCGCCAUUUCACUGCUUUCCAACUCAGCCUCGUGACCUCCGAACACCUCGCCUCUAUCUUAUUUUCUAUCCAAUCCUAAUCCGUUUCUCGACUUUGAAAAUUCCAAGAUUCUAGAAUUGAAUUAAUAUGCCUUUGAAAUUGAAAUUUUGAUUUGAUUUGAUAAUAAUUUAGCCGUUUCAAUUUCAACGAAAAUACGAGGACCCUGAUAUAUUGGAAUAUGGGAUAAUAAACUCGAUUUGUUUAUUAAUCAUUUCCAUUUUUUCAAGUCCGAGCAACGUUUUAAAGUCAACUGUGUCAGAGUGGUUGUUCACAUUUCAGGCUUAAGCCUCAAGAAGAAGGAGGAGGAGGAAGAGGAAGAGGAAGACGAAGACUGUGAAAAAUGUCGAAGGAAGAAGCGUUCAUUGGGUCGAUUGACCAGGGAACCACAAGCACUAGAUUCAUCAUCUACGAUCGCUCUGCUCGUGCGAUCGCUUCCCACCAGGUCGAGUUCACUCAGUACUAUCCAGAAGCAGGAUGGGUGGAGCAUGAUCCAAUGGAGAUCUUGGAGAGCGUCAGGGUUUGUAUCACUGAGGCUCUCAAAAAAGCGAAGUCCGAGGGAAUCAACGUCGUCGACGGAUUGAAGGCAAUCGGUGUAACCAACCAGAGGGAGACUACUCUACUUUGGAGCAAAUCAACUGGAAUUCCUCUCUACAACGCCAUCGUUUGGAUGGAUGCUCGUACCAGUUCUGUGUGCAGGAAAUUGGAGAACGAGUUAUCUGGUGGCAGAACCCAUUUUGUGGAGACUUGUGGUCUGCCUAUCAGCACUUACUUCAGUGCCACUAAACUGCUGUGGCUGAUGGAGAGUGUCGAUGCUGUCAAGGAAGCAAUAAAGAAAGGAGAUGCUCUUUUUGGAACUAUAGACACUUGGUUGAUUUGGAAUUUAACUGGCGGUUGUGUGAACGGCGGAUUGCAUGUCACUGAUGUUUCAAAUGCAUCGCGGACAAUGCUGAUGAGUCUUAAAACUCUUGACUGGGAUGCAUCCACCUUAAAAACCCUCGGCAUUCCGGCUCUAAUUCUGCCCAAGAUUAUAAGCAAUUCUGAAAUCAUUGGCAAGAUUGCUUCCGGAUGGCCAAUCACUGAAAUCCCAAUUGCUGGGUGUUUAGGUGAUCAACAUGCUGCAAUGGUAGGACAAGCAUGCAGAAAAGGAGAGGCUAAAAGCACAUAUGGAACUGGUGCUUUCAUACUCCUGAACACUGGUCAAGAGAUAGUUCAGUCAACACAUGGUCUUCUGACCACUUUAGCAUUUAAGCUUGGUCCGAAUGCUCCGGCAAAUUAUGCUCUGGAAGGAUCAAUUGCGAUUGCUGGUGCUGCAGUGCAGUGGCUGAGAGAUAGCCUUGGUAUUAUUAGUAGUGCUAAGGAGAUAGAGGAUCUGGCUUCACAGGUUGAGUCCACAGGUGGAGUUUACUUUGUUCCUGCUUUUAAUGGAUUGUUUGCUCCAUGGUGGCGAGAUGAUGCUCGUGGGGUUUGUAUUGGAAUUACAAGGUUUACAAGCAAGGCUCACAUUGCUAGAGCGGUGCUUGAGAGCAUGUCUUUUCAAGUGAAAGAUGUCUUGGAUUCAAUGAAGAAAGAUUCUGAGGAAAACGAUAAAGAUAAGAAAGAAAAAGAAGAAUUCUUGCUCAGAGUGGAUGGUGGUGCCACUGUUAACAACCUUUUUAAUGCAGAUUCAGGCAGACUUGUUGGGAAGUCCAGUGAUCAGACCGGCCGACAUCGAGACAACAGCGCUCGGGCAGCCUAUGCUGCUGGGCUAGCUGUCGGAGUUUGGACGGAAGAGGAGAUCUUUGCUUCUGGUGAGAAGAUGAAGACGUCUACUGUUUUUCAUCCAGAGUUAGAUGAGCAACCGAGGAAGAAGAAAGUGGAAUCUUGGUGCAAAGCUGUGACCAGAACAUUUGACUUGGUGAUCUCUCUCUUUGAUUUUGUUGGUGAUGAUAAUGGGGAGAAUGAUGGUCUAAGUCUGAGUGAUUUUGAAAGUAAGCUAUUAAACAAUGGGGAUAAGGACUUUAAUUUUAGAGGGAAUGAUGAAAAUGGUUCUGAAGAGGAUGAUGACAGUAGAUAUGAGGAGGAGAAAUUGGAUAAUAAUUUAGGCCCAAUAAAUGAUGAUGGGCCUUUAGUGGAUGAGAAGGACCUCAAGAUGAAGUAUUUUGUUGAUUUAUCGGAGGGGUAUAAAGCUAGUUGCAGGCCUAUAAUUGGUCUUGAUGGGAACUUUUUGAAAGGCAAUGCUCAUGGGAUGAUCUUGACAGCUACCGAUAUGGAUGUUGAUGAUGCUAUAUACCUAAUCACCUUUAGUCUCAUAAAAAAAGAGAACACUAUAAUUGAAGGUGGUUUCUUCUAUGAUUACAAAAGUCAUUAG